AUGAAUGUAAGGCCAAGGAAAUCUGCAUCAAAAUACUCCUUUGAACCGAAGAUUCCUCAGAACCAAGAGUUAUUUGAGGUCGAAGAGUCUAAAGAAAAGAAGGAGUUUGUACUUGGAGACCAAGGAGAAUAUGCUCCAAAGUCUAUGGACCAAGGGGUUGUAGAGUAUCCGUUUAUCCUUGGAAAGGAGGACGGAGUUGUCCUCACUCUCCCUUCCAAUGCCCUAACAUCGAAGAUCAUUGUAUACGAAGAUGGGAGCUGUGGACUAAAAAUUGGAGAUGAGAUUCACCCGAUUGCCACAAGAUUCAUUGGAGAGUCUCUUGCUAUCGAGCACAAGGAUAUGGCAUAUAACAUAGGAAGUGCUAAGUUUCAGCUGACUCCCCAAGUCCAAGACAGUUUAAAAGAUAAAAGUCCAUAG